AUGUUACAAAAAUUUAAACAACAUGCUUCUCCUUUAGAAAUAGAAUUAGCUUGUAUAUUUGAUGAAGAAUUAAAUGAACCAGAUUUACUUUUUGUUAAAUCACUUGAUGAAUUAAUUGCUCUUUGCCAAAAACAUAAACAAUCAAUUAAACCAAAUGCUGUACGUUCUUUCUUAAUAAACUAUUCAUCUUUUGUUUCAAAUGAGCUUAUUCAAGAAAAAACUGCAUUUGAAUUAUUAGAAGCAAUAAAUACACCAUUAAGUUAUGGCAUAGUAUCAUUUGAUACUUAUUUCCCAUCAUUACAACCAUCAGGAAUUAUUGAAAUAGCAGGAGAAGCAGGAGCUGGAAAGUCACAAAUAUGUAUGCAAAUAAUAGUACUAGCAAUAUUGUGUUAUAAAAUGCCUUGCUAUUAUAUCUGUGAUAAAAGAUUUGUUUAUCAAGAAAGAAUUGACCAAAUAGAACAUUACUUUGCUCAACUCCUUGAUUUUAAUCCAAUUGGUGUAAACUCAUUUUUACAGAUACAUAAAAUUCAAUCAUUUGAUGAUUUUGAAGAAACACUUUGUUCAUUAAAAGAAACUAAUGAUGGUGGAUUAGUUAUUAUUGACUGUUUUGGAACUAUUUUAAAAACUUCUUUUGAGGAAAAUUAUAAUGAACGAAGUGUUGGAAUUAGUAGAACAGCAACAAUACUAAAUGAACUUAAUGCUCAAGGAUUUGUUGUUAUUACUACUAAUGAAGUUGUUGAUAAAAUAGAACAAACAGAACCCAUACUAUUUGAAUUUCUUGAAUUGUAUAGUGAUUUAAAAACACUUCAAAUUAGUACUGGACUUGAUAUAAAUUGUGAUGGAAGGAUAAUGACAAGUUCAAGUGGAAUUCAAUGGGCAUAUUUUGUUACACAUCGACUUUUCGUUUAUAAGACACAAGAGAGUUUAUUUUCUGCAUGGGAAACAUUAAGCGAAACGACACAACGAGAAUUGGAUGAGAUUGAUGACGAAAUGAGAUCUAAUAUUAAAAUUAGAAAAUGUGUUAUUAAUAAAUCAAAUGAGAAAGAGAAAGGGAUUUGUCUUGAAUAUUGUAUACUUCCUUCUCAUGUUUGUGGAAUUGAAAGAAGACAACCAAAUUAG